AGGAAAUAAAAACACCUCUGGAACGUGCUUUCAGCAUUAGGUUCAUGUUCGCAUGUCCUGUCAUCUGGAGGAAUGUUCCGUGCUAUCAAGACCAACCAGGACCUUCUCCCUGAAACGCCUUGGAUCAACAUCUUCUACGAUGACUUCUGGGGGACACUCCUCACCCACAGCGGUAGCCACAAGUCCUACCGCCCGCUCUGCACGCUCUCCUUUCGACUCAACUACGCCCUGGGCGGCUUAGAUCCCUGGGGUUUCCACCUGGUCAAUGUGGUUCUACACUGCGCCACGACUGCCCUGUUCUCUAGCCUCUCAAGCCUGCUGCUGGGGUCGGGUUGCUGGAGCCUGCUGGCCGGGCUUCUCUUUGCCGCUCACCCCAUCCACACCGAGGCUGUGGCAGGCAUUGUGGGCCGUGCUGAUGUAGGGGCCGCCCUCUUCUUCCUCCUGGCCCUGCGUUGCUACUUACGCCACUGCUCACUGAGGAUGAGCGGUGCCCAUGGACGGAGCUGGACGUGGUUCUUGGGCACCUUGGCGUGUGCUUCCUGUAGCAUGCUUUGGAAGGAGCAGGGCGUGACCGUGCUGGCCGUGGCUGCCAUGUACGACGUGUUUGUCUUCCACAGGUUGAAGCUGCAGCAGGUUCCCGCUCUCUUCCUAAAGAAGAAGAACCUGCACCUGCUGUUAAACGUGUUUCUGCUGGGCUUUUGGGGUAUCAUCCUUCUGGCUUGCCGUCUUUACUGGAUGGGCAACAAACCUCCGAACUUCUCCAACUCGGACAACCCUGCAGCAGACUGUCCUUGUUUCCUAACUAGGAUGCUAACGUUCUUUUUUCUCCCUGCCAUGAAUGUUUGGCUCCUCCUGUGCCCUGACAUGCUAAGUUUUGAUUGGUCAAUGGAUGCUCUGCCUCUUCUGAGGAGCAUUACAGAUUGGCGAAACCUCCACACCGUGACCUUCUAUACCUCGCUUCUAGCGCUGGUUUGGUUCGGGCUUUGCCUUUACCCAACCAAAAGCAAGGAGGCCAACGGGAAAGCACAUCAUGUAGCAAACGGGAAGUCCACAAACGGACACAGUUGUAGCUCUGAUUAUGAACACUCAACUCUUUACUCAAACUCAGUGCAGGUGAAUGGAACAAAUGGUACUGCAAAUCACUAUUCAUCGUCUUUACCCACCACAGAGAGUUUGGUGGUCUUCUCAUUGGGUCUGCUGGCUGUUCCCUUCAUCCCUGCCACCAACCUAUUCUUCUAUGUGGGGUUUGUGGUAGCGGAGCGAGUACUGUACAUCCCUAGUAUGGGCUUCUGCCUGCUGGUAGCAGUGGGGAUGAGAGCUUUAUAUGUCAGAUUGAGAAGGAAGUCCUUCAGAACUUUGGUGCUAGUCUGCUCUGCCGCCCUGGUCCUUCUUUUUGGGAUUAAGACGGUGUUGAGGAAUCGUGACUGGCAAAAUGAGGAGAUGCUAUACAAGUCAGGGAUAUCUGUGAAUCCUGCUAAAGCUUGGGGUAACUUGGGAAACGUUCUCAAGAACCAGGGAAAAGUGGUGGAGGCCGAGCAAGCCUACAGGAACGCUCUGUACUACCGGAGGAACAUGGCUGACAUGUUGUAUAACCUGGGUCUGUUGCUCCAGGAAAACAACAGAUUCUCAGAGGCCCUCCACUACUAUAAGCUGGCCAUUGGGAGCAGGCCAACGCUGGCUUCCGCCUACUUGAACACAGGGAUUGUCCUGAUGAACCAGGGCCUUCUAGAAGAGGCCAAGCGCACUUUUGUCACUUGUGCCGAUAUCCCAGAUGAAAACCUGAAGGAUCCUCAUGCACACAAGAGCUCAGUCACCAGCUGCCUGUAUAACCUGGGAAAGCUUCUUCAUGAGCAGGGCCACCAGGAGGAGGCCAUAUCUGUUUAUAAAGAAGCGACACAGAAGAUGCCCAGGCAGUUUGCCCCACAGAGCCUUUAUAAUAUGAUGGGAGAGGCCUACAUGAGGCUGAACAAACUAACAGAGGCAGAACACUGGUAUAAGGAAUCCCUCCGAGCCAAACCGGACCAUAUACCUGCACACCUCACUUACGGCAAGCUCCUGGCAAUGAUGGGUCAGAAAACAGAAGCGGAGAAGUUCUUUCUCAAGGCGAUCGAGCUCGAUCCUACUAAAGGAAACUGCUAUAUGCAUUAUGGUCAAUUUUUGCUGGAGGAGUCACGGCUUUUGGAGGCCGCUGAAAUGGCAGAGAAAGCCGCCCAGUUGGACAGUGAAGAAUUUGAUGUGGUUUUCAGUGCAGCUCACAUGCUCAGGCAAGCCAGCCUCAAUGAUCCCGCUGAGAAGUACUACAGACAAGCAGCCAACCUGAGACCCAAUUAUCCCGCAGCCCUCAUGAACCUCGGAGCCAUUCUCCAUCUCAACGGCAAACUCCAAGAAGCGGAGGCUAAUUACCUGCGAGCCUUGCAGCUGAAGCCGGACGACACCAUCACUCAGUCCAACCUGCGGAAACUGUGGAACAUCAUGGAAAAACAGGGCUUGAGGACCGUGGCUCCUUGACUUGGACACAUUUAAUGGAGCACCUUUACUGAGGUUGUAAAGGAGAUGGUCUCUCUGAGCUCUCAAUAAUGAGGUAGUCGACAGCCUAGGGCUGACAAAGAACGUCUUCAAUCCUGGGUUACCUCAUGGGACGCUUGAACAUGUGAGAGCCGCUAUGUCUGGUAAAACCAAGAAUUCUGGAACAGUCUAGAACUGCGGAGCUCCCCGAACGUGUUGGGAGUUGUUAACUUGAAGUGGCCCAUAGAUGCAUACUUGAAGUCUCAUGAUAAAUUAGAUUUUAAUUAGUUAGUCAAUGCUUAAUAGUCUUGAAGGGCAAUAUUUGUCCUGAGGCUGUAUGAAAUUGAGAAGGAAUGAGAGUGCUACAACCCCCAUGAGGCUAUACUCUGCAUGUAAAGUACAUUUCGAUGUCAUUGCUCCAUCCAUAUGAUUGGAAUCAUUAAUAUUUAAUGAGCACAUCAUUGCUGAUGGAAACGCGAAAAAUCAUCGAAACAUCAACAAAAUUAGAUAAAUUGACCAAACAUGUCGUAAAUCUUUUUCAAUGUAAAAUAAACACUCAUCCAUUGUGUCAAAAUGACAAAGAGAUUUGUCAGGUUGUGGACAUAUUGACACUGUACAUAGGAGCACGGAUGAUAUGUGAAGUUUGGUUUGGGGUGCGAAUGGUUUUACAUGUUCCAUCAAUGUUACAUCGAUCCAGACACACCUGCCCAUGACACUAGAUAACUGCUGGGUUCAAGAAAUUGGAUCCAUCUGAUUAAUCUUGCCAAAAAUCUUGACAGGAAAACAGGAAAGGAACAUUCGAUUAGCUGUGUAAUGUUAGCGAAUUGAACUUGCAAGCUCUCUUUGCCUUACUUUGCAAAAAUCUGUUCUGUAACAGAAAGAUCCAGUGGAUUUUAUUUCCUUGUUGCGUUACUAAUAUAAAAUGGGGAUGGAAUAUGUUCACUUGUUAUAAUAUUGCAUUCAGCAGUGUGUGA